AAAAUUUGUAAACAAUUUCGGUGGCGCCCUCUAUCUGUCACCGAAUUUGAAAGAAUGCGCGAAACGCUAUUUUUGUUAUUUUUGGUGAAAUUCUCCCUCUGUGGUCGCGUGUAUAGGCCCUCGUUUUUGAGCGACGAUGAGAUCACACACACUCGCUUUGAACGAGAUGACAACAGUGCCCCUUGCAACGAAGACGAUUUAAUGAAUUUUCUAGCCGAAAUUCAAGUGAUCAACCCUGAGAGUAUAGUGAAGUUGGCCACUUUGGGCGAUAUUAAGCCGUCGUGUAAUCGCGUGGCCGAAAAUUUGGAAAAAAUCAAGGCGUACCUCAAAACCUGUACUCCCCCGAAUCAGCCUGACUUGUAUAUGCAAUUGAUCAAAGGAGUUGAGGCGUUGCAUGAGAAGAUUUGUACAGAAUCUCCGUUCAGGAGCCAAUUUGAGAAAAUUCACAAAUGCCUUCAUGAGCUCAGAAAUGAUUUGGAGGACUGUGGAGGACCGGCAGAUUGGAACGAAAAUUCAGACAAUGCCGCAGUUUGCAAGGCUUACAAAGACAUAGCUGACUGUUAUUACAUCAAAACUGCGAAAGUGUGUGGAAACAGCGCUGCAGCAACAACUAAAGAACUUCUACAGUCGAUAAUUGACAGUAUUCUCACAAUAAGCUGUGACAAUGUGAAGGAGACGCCCAAAGUCAAGGACCCAAUGCCUGAGGAAUAUAUGAAAAAAGAAAAUAAGGCUGACACAAUGAUUCUUCCAACUGUACUUCACUUACUAGUUAGCAUAAUAUUGAUUUUUAUUUAAACUUCAACAAAUCUAAAUUAUUGUAAUAAAGGUAUUGAAAGACA